UGGGCGUUAGAGGUAGAAUAUUUUGCCUCUGAGAUUGUAGUGAAGGUAUACAGUUGCGAUUAAAUGAAAGUACUUCGAACUUGUACAUAGUUUCCAACCUGAGCACUCACGUACUGCGCGUCUGGCAGCUCUUGGCCUCGGUGACACAUCAUUUCCUGUGUAAGGACGGGCUCGGGCGCUUUGUACAAACGAGACGUGUGUGUGUGUGAGAGAGAAAACUUGCUUUCACUUUCACUCUGAGGCUCCAUUGACUUGGUCGCGGCGCCGCAUUCACAACAAUAAUACCAGGAAAAAAUACUAAAGUAGCAACACUCAGGGACACAGAGGAGCACCUUAGGAAGCCCCGUCAUGGCGUUUAAGUACCCGGCUGCGAGAAGAGAUGAGACUAAGAUGGAUGACUACCAUGGGACGAAGAUCUGUGAUCCCUAUACAUGGCUAGAAGACCCCGAUGGUGCAGAAACCAUGGCCUUUGUUGAGGAGCAGAACAAACUGACCAUGCCGUACCUGGAGCAGUGUUCUGUCCGGGCUCAGUUCCACCAGCGUCUCACUGAGCUGUAUGACUACCAGAAAUACAGCUGUCCUUACAAAAGAGGGAAGAGGUAUUUCUACUUUCACAACAAAGGUCUCCAGAACCAGAGUGUGCUGUAUGUGCAGGACUCUCUGGACGCACCUGCUACUGUAUUUUUUGACCCAAAUGAACUCUCUGAAGAUGGCACUGUGGCACUGAAGAUGGGCCGUCUGUCUGAGGAGUGUGAAUACUUUUCCUACGGUUUGAGCAGCAGUGGUUCAGACUGGGUAACCGUCCAUUUCAUGAAGGCUGAUGAUCUCACCAAACUGCCUGAUGUGCUGGAGAGGGUUAAAUUCAGCUGCUUGGCCUGGACUCAUGAUGCCAAGGGUGUCUUUUACAACUGCUACCCACCCCAGGAAGGCAAAGCUGAUGGCACAGAGACCACCAGCAACAUCAACCAGAAGCUCUACUACCACGUCAUGGGCACGAAACAGUCAGAAGACAUUCUGGUUGCAGAGUUCCCCGAGCAUCCGAAGUGGCACAGCUCAGUAACUAUAUCGGACGAUGGCAGAUAUGCCGUUUUAUCCAUUACUGAAGGCUGUGAGCCUGUCAACCAGCUGUGGUACUGUGACCUUCAGCAGCUCCCCAAUGGCAUCACAGGCCUGCUGCCUUGGGUCAAACUUGUGGACAACUUUGAUGCCCAGUACUCAUAUAUUACCAAUGAGGGAACUGUGUUUACGUUCCACUCCAACUUGGAUGCUCCUCGGUACUGUCUCAUCAACAUCGACAUCCAGAAGCCAGACAGGAAGCACUGGACCACCCUCAUUCCACAGCACGACAAGGACGUCCUGGGCUCCGUCUCCUGUGUGAACCAGCACCACUUGCUGGUCAACUAUCUCCAUGACGUGAAGGAUAUCCUACAGGUGUAUGAGUUGUCCACAGGCAAGCACGUCAGGGACCUGCCGCUGGACGUCGGCACCGUUGGCGGAGUGAGCUGCAAGAAGAAACACUCUGAAUUCUUCUACAAGUUCACCUCCUUCACUACCCCUGGUAUCAUUUACCACUGUGAUCUGAGUGAGCCAAACGCAGAGCCCAGAGUGUUCAGGGAGGUGGAGGUAAAAGGCAUCAAGCAAGAGGAAUAUCAGACCAGCCAGGUGUUUUAUCCCAGUAAAGAUGGAACCAAGAUCCCCAUGUUCUUGGUUCACGCAAAGGGCCUUGUGAAGGAUGGGACUCAUCCUGUCUUCCUUUACGGCUAUGGAGGCUUCGAGCAUUCCAUACAACCAUACUACAAUGUUGCUUACCUGCUGUUUGUGAGACACCUGGGAGGGAUCCUGGCCGUGGCUAACAUCAGAGGUGGCGGCGAGUACGGCCUCACCUGGCACAAAGCCGGAUCAUUAGGGAACAAGCAGAACUGCUUCGAUGACUUCCAGUGUGCAGCAGAGCAUCUGAUCCAGGAGAACUACACCACGGCCAGUCGCAUCGCUAUCAAUGGAGCCUCUAAUGGAGGGCUGCUCGUGGCAGCUUGUGUGAACCAGCGUCCGGACCUGUUCGGCUGUGCUGUGGCAGAGGUUGGGGUGAUGGAUAUGCUGAAGUUCCACAAGUUCACCAUCGGCCACGCCUGGACCACCGACUACGGCUGUUCUGACAAUCCGGAGCAGUUCAAGUGGCUCAUCAAGUACUCUCCUCUCCAUAAUCUGCCUCCUCCACCGUACUCUGGUCCUCCCUACCCCGCCGUCCUGCUUCUGACAGCAGAUCACGAUGAUCGCGUGGUGCCUCUCCACACCCUCAAAUAUUGUGCUGCCCUGCAGCACGGAGUGGGCAGCAGCCCCUCGCAGCGUCAGCCUCUGAUGGUCAGGGUGGACACCCGCAGUGGGCACGGUGCAGGGAAACCCACCGCCAAGGCCAUCCUGGAAGACACACACAUCUUUUGCUUCAUCGCUGAGACACUUGGGCUCAGCUGGAAGGAAUGAAGAGAUAAUGACAGGGAGAGAGGUUCUGGAUAUACACGGUGAAGAGAGGCUUUUAAAGAGAUGAGAGGUUACUUUUUUAUACAUUUAAAAAACAUAUUAAAGAAGAAAAUAGAAGAAAAUACUGGUACAACUAUAGCGAACGGUUAGAGAAAGAUGUAAGAAAAAAGUAAUGGGCAUAUCACAAGACACACAAUAAUGAACAACUACAAUACAAACAGCUUUAUUAAUCACUUCAGGAAAAUUUUGCUAACUACGGUGCGCUAAAAAUCUGAGAUAUUCAUCACACUGCCUGAAACAACCCUUGACUGUCGAUUGCCUUAUACCAAUGAAAUGCACUAAAACAUUAUGAAUUCAUUUUGAAUGCAUGCUCUAAGUUAAGAACUGAAUUUUAAACUUUGGAUGGAGAAUUUUCAAUAAAAUCUCUUGUUUGUACUGAU